CCGCGCAAGACACAGGGGGCGUGGCAACCCGAGGAGCCGGCGCGGGGCUCGGGCAGCCUGACGUCACGCCCCACCCCGAGGUAUUUACCUUCGAAAAGUGGUGGCGGCUGCAGGUACCGGAGUAGCGGACCGGACGGGAGGGGCUAGGUGUACCGGGGCUCACCGCCAAACCUAUUCAAGCCGAAGAGAUGCCCUAGCUCCUCUCCCCCUCCUCCCACACCCCACAGACGGAUCCAAAACUUCCCUCCUCACCAAACCCUUGCCCAUAGGAUUAGCGCUCUCCCACUUCUAUCCUCAACUCAGACCCUACCUUUGAGGGUUUGAGCCUCAAAUUUUGAGCCCCAAAGACCACCUCCCUCCCGACUACCCAUCCUUAACCCUAAUCACCCACUUUCAAGUCUGGACCCCAUUCUCACCCUGAAUUCCCAUCCUCAGCCCUGAAAACUCCUUUCUCGCUCCUAACACUCAUCCAUAGAUUCCACCCUAAGUGACCCUCAGACCCACACUCUCCCCCAUUUUAUGACCCAGCCCCAAACUCUCCCGAGUACCUCUCUCUCACCAUAUAUCCCUCCCUCUGCUCAGUCUGGGCCCAGGCCUUGUGCCCCUGAAGACAUGGAGUUUGUGUCUGGAUACCGGGAUGAGUUCCUGGAUUUCGCUGCCCUCCUCUUUGGCUGGUUCCGCAAGUUCGUGGCGGAGCGCAGGGCCGUGGGGACCCGCCCUGAGGGCUGCUGGCGGGAGCUGGAGGCUCAGAUCAGGAGGCUGCCCCAGGACCGCGCCCUUUGGGUGCUCCACGUCCUGCCCAACCGUAGCGUGGGCAUCAGCCUGGGGCAAGGGGCAGAGCCAGGCCCUGCACCAGGCCUGGGGGCUGCCCGGCUCCUGGGAGACGAGCCCGCACUCCACCUGCGGGACCUAAGCCCCUAUGUCAGCUUUGUCAGCCUGGAGGAAGGGGAGGAGGAGGAGGAGGAAGAGGAAGAAGGAGAGAAUGGAGAGGAGGAGGAUGCAGGCACCGGGAAAGUAGAAACAGAGGAGGAUGGGGAGCCAGCCCCUACCAGCAGGGACUCCCCACAGGAAGCAAACCCCCCAGGGGAGGCAGAGGAGACCGAGCAGGAGGCAGGAGGUCACGAGGUUGGCUGCCAAGAGGACAGGGCGGAGGACGAACCAGGGCCUGAGAGGAGGAAGGGACAGAGAAGUGAGGCGGCCCCCCUGCACCUUUCCUGCAUCCUCCUGGUGACGGAUGAACACGGCACCAUCUUGGGCAUUGACCUGCUGAUGGAUGGAGGGCAGGGGAGUGCAGGCAGGGGCUCAGGGACACAGAACCUGGCUCCUCGGGCCUAUGCUCUCCUCUGCCACAGCAUGGCCUGCCCCAUGGGCUCUGGAGACCCCCGAAAGCCCCGAAAGCUUACUGUGGGAGACGCCCAGCUGCAUCGGGAGCUGGAGAAUCUGGUCCCAAGGCUGAGAGUGAAGCUAGCCAAGACCCCGAUGCGGACAUGGGGUCCCCGGCCCGGCUUCACCUUUGCCUCCCUUCGGGCUCGAACCUGCCAUGUUUGUCACAGGCAUAGCUUUGAAGUGAAGCUAACCCCCUGCCCCCAGUGUGGCGCUGUCUUGUACUGCGGAGAGGCGUGUCUCCGGGCUGACUGGAAGCGAAGCCCAGAUGAUGUGAGCCACCGAUUUUGGUGCCCAAGGCUUGCAGCCUUCAUGGAGCGGGCCGGAGAACUGGCAACUCUGCCUUUUACCUACACCGCAGAGGUGACCAGUGAAACCUUUAACAAGGAGGCCUUCCUGGCCUCACGAGGCCUCACUCGUGGCUACUGGACCCAGCUCAGCAUGCUGAUUACAGGCCCUGGCACCCCCGGGCACCCAAGGGGCAGCACGCCAUCCCUCAGCAUUCUUCUCAAUGGAGAUCCCUACCAGCUUCUUCAGGGGCAUGGGCCUGCUCUGAUGCCUCCUGUGCCCCCACAUCCACCCAGGGGCCUCUUUGGCUCGUGGCAGGAUUACUACACAUGGCGGGGCCUCAGCUUGGACUCCCCCAUGGCUGUGCUUCUCACCUACCCGCUGACUGUGUACUACGUCAUCACCCAUCUGGUGCCCCAGUCCUCUUAUCACCCAGUCCCUGAGCUCAACAUCCAGAACAAACAGUCACUGAAAAUCCAUGUGGUGGAGGCUGGGAAGGAGUUCGACCUCAUCAUGGUGUUUUGGGUAAGUCCCUCCAGGCCUGAGGGCUGGGCAUUUGGGUGUGGAGGUGGACACAGGGUGGGACCCAGAUCUGUCCUCUUUGCCCUUCAGGAGCUCUUGGUCUUGCUCCCCCACGUGGCCCUGGAGCUGCAGUUUGUGGGUGACAGCCUGCCCCCUGAGAGUGACCAGCAGCAUUUUACCCUGCAGAGGGAUGACCUCGAAGUGUCUGUCCAUCCUGGUUCCGGGGUAUCAGCACGGCUCAGCUCUGGGACUAAGGAGAAGGGGGGCCGCAGGGACCUGCAGAUCAAGGUGUCUGCACGGCCCUACCACCUGCUCCAGGGGCCCAAGCCUGACUUGGUUAUCGGAUUUAACUCUGGCUUUAGUCUAAAGGACACUUGGCUGAGCUCGCUGCCCAGGUUACAGUCCCUCCGAGUGCCAGCCUUCUUCACCGAGAGCAGCGAGUACGGCUGUGUGAUGGACGACCAGACCAUGGCGGUGGCCACGGGAGGGGGCACCAGCCCUCCACAGCCCAACCCUUUCCGUUCCCCCUUUCGCCUCAGAGCGGCGGACAACUGUAUGCCCUGGUACUGCAACGCCUUCAUCUUCCACCUGAUCUACAAGCCUCCGCAAGGGAGCUGGGCCCGCCCCGCGCCAGGGCCCGCGCCCCCCGCCCCAACUCCUACCGCUCCUCCCGCCCCUGCCCGUAGGCGCCGAGGAGAAAAGAAACCUGGGCGGGGGGCCCGCCGGCGGAGGUGAGGGCGGGGAGGUAGCAGUCCACCCCCUCCCCUAACACGCCUCGGAAAGGAACACGAAACAGGCGAGGCCGAGGGGGAGGCCGGUUGGCGGAACACGAAAAGGUAAAUAAAGUUACUUGU